UACAUGUACUACGAAAAAUGGCCGAGCUUUUCUGCGGUGGAGCAAUAGGAGAGCGAGGAAGUAGUGGCUACGAAUCCGAGGAGAGAUGGCCGCCGGAGAAGCUAGGGCUGUGUAGGGAAGGCGGAUAUUUAGAUGCCCCGGUGACGGGACAGGUCGUUCUUCGAGUGGGCGUCGAUUUAAGAGAGUUCGGACUUGAAUUCCCAGGCGCUUCGAUCUCGCAACGUUAAGGGCGGAUCGCUUCUACUCUCUCGCGGAUCAGUUUGCGUUCCUUCGGAUCCCCUUUUUUCUCCUCGCGCAAUCAGUUAGUUGCUGUGGUGUGGCAGAAUACCUUGCAGAGAUGGAAUCUGGUGAUGGAGUUGAAAUGGAGCUUAGUAAAGGAACUCCGGAAACAUCUCCAGAGGCCAAUGGAUUUAGUUCUCAGAUAAAUAAGGAGAAUGAAAUUGUCGAAAACGGUGCUGAUGCUGUUCCUGCAAGCAGUGGCUCCGAGGACACCUCAAAAGUCGAAGUCCCUGAUUUCUCCAGAGACAGCCACGAAGUUUCUGAAUCUGCGAGAGAAAACAACGGAUCAUUAAAUCCCAUCAAGAAAGGUGGAUCUGACGAAUGUAGUCAAUUCAAGAAGACAAAGAAAAAUUUCGGAGUUCUGAAUGGUUCUGUAGGUGAACUGAACGAGAAAAGGAAGGCUCUUUCACAGAGUUCGUCCUUUCCGUCUAAAGGGUCCCUUAACACCACCACUUUAACAAGGCAGACUAGAAUUGCAUCAUCAAAAACAAAUGGGCAUCUUACUGCUAAGACGACCACAUCAAGUGUUCAGAAAACAUUGGCUGUGAACAAAGGCUCAGGAGAGGUGAUUAUUAGUGACAAAUCUGCUAGGAAUGGUACUUCUAUAAAAGAUGGAAAGUCCUAUGAUAUCAAGGAAAAACUCUCAGAUAGCUCAUUGUCAACCAAAAACGAUGAAGAUGCCCACUCCAAUGCCUCAAGUACAACACCACGUGCAAUAAAGGGUACUGGUUGUGGUUUUAAUUUUAGAUUGGAUGAGCGUGCUGAGAAACGCAAAGAGUUUUUCAUGAAGCUUGAAGAGAAGAAUCAUGCAAAAGAACUUGAAAAGACCAACUUGGAUGCAAAAUCUCAGGAAAAUCGAGAGGCUGAGAUCAGACGAUUGAGGAAGAGCUUGAACUUCAAAGCCACUCCAAUGCCAAGCUUUUAUCAAGAACCUACUCCUCCAAAAAUCGAACUGAAGAAGAUCCCUCCGACACGACCCAAGUCGCCUAGACUUGGGCGUCGCAAAUCAUCCACUACAGCCACCGACAAUCCUUUGGAAGCUGUCGACUCAAGUGAGAACUCAACCAAAUCGAAUGGCAUCUCCGCAACCAGCAAGGGGAAUGCAAAUGCUAUGGCUUCCAAAAACCCAAAGCCGAAGACACUCGCCAAGCUUCCAUCUCCCAAGUCGACAACCACAAGGUCCGACACAAAAUCCAGUGCGGCAGACAAACAUGCAUCAAACCAAAAGCCUAUGGUCGAGGUACUUCAGAUCGACAACCACGCAGUCACAUCAUCUCUCGAGGACAAAACUGAGGGAGAUAAGGCAGUGGCCAACCUCGCUGAAUCUGAAAUAGUGCCCCAGCAAGUUUCUGUGCUUGGGUAAGUAGUUGCCGAACGCUUCCUGCUCGUAAGUAUAUUAAUUUUGAAGCCAUUUGUGAAUACAGAGGUUGUGUGCUGCUUGAAAGGUAUGAUUCGGAUCUUUUACUGCAACUGCAAAUUUUAUUGUUUCCAAUUAAUAGAUAAAUGUUGCACGACUCUAUCUGUUAGACCAUGUAAAUCGUUUAUAAUAUUCUGCUGUUUGAUUUA